UCACAAAAAAAUGUAACCUACUAAAUUUCUUAAAAGUUGGCAACUCCAAAAAAAUAUAUCAAUCCUCUGACGUGAAAUUAGACAACCUUCAAUCACAUGGUCAGAAAAUUAGUCAAAGUAAAACCAUAAAAAUUUGCCUACACAGGUUAUAAAAAAUAUUUAUAUCGCCAACCUAACCAUGUUUUAUUACGCCGGGUUUAAUGUGAAUCCCAGUAUUAUUUCCAGUCACAAUGAAAGCCCUGUAGUCGACAAAUUCAGUAAAGUAACAAUUGAUGGCAUCACAGACAUAACCAUAGGAUGGAACUAUUUUUUGAUAUGGAAAAAAAAUACAGUAUUUCUAUCAGAAAAGUAUAUAACCAACGAAGCCAAUCUGAAAGAAUUGUCAAUACCAGGACAGACAUCAACGAAAUUUAUCAGCGGAAUCGCCGGAAAAUUUUCAAUAACUUUGAUGUCAACAGACAAAGAAAUAUGGCGAUAUAAAUUGUACAGCAACGAAUGGAAAAAAGUUGAUAAUUUUAUUGCCAAUGAUGAGUUUGUUGUUAAAAUAGACGAAGCGAAUCACAGCAUCGUGGCCUUGACAAAUUUCGGUAGAGUUUACAAUAUUCCAAAUCUGGUCGAAAUGCCUCCAAGUUUCGAAAAAAGUUCUAGAUGUACAGACAUUGCGUGCGGAUUUGAACAUACGUUAAUGUUAACAAACAAUGGAGAAGUUUACUCGUCAGGUGGCGGUAGUAGAGGGCAGUUAGGACACGACGAUUUAGAAAAUUCUGAUGAGCCAUCAUUAAUAGAAGCAUUAACUGGUUUAAUUGUCAUUAAAAUCGCGGCUGGCGGGUGGCACAAUGCUGUCAUUACUUCAGACAAUGACUUGUACACUUGGGGAUGGAAUACAAAUGGAGAACUUGGGUUAAUUAAUUCAGAAAAAGUCGUCGCUGUGCCUACGAUUGUUGACUUUUAUGAUGACGAUAAUAAAAGAGUAAUUGAGGAUAUUAAAGUCAGAGACGUUCAUUGCGGAAAUAAUUUUACCGUUUGUGUGACAGAUGACGGACAGCUCUGGGGAUGUGGGUCCAAUAAAUAUGGACAGUUGGGUCUUGCUCAAUUUUCUGGGACUAGUAAAAAUAAAUUUGUUAAGCUGAAUGUUAAUCUUCAUAGUAAGAAUAUUAAUUAUGUUAAAUGCCGGGAAUGGAGUACGAUUAUUAAUGUUAGAUAAUUUAUAUUGCGAUACAUUUUUUUGCACAACUCAAUUGCGAAGUAGAUGUUCUGCUAACUCUUAUUUGGUCCCAGCUGAUUUACUCAUGUAAAAAGUAUAUGUACACUUAAAAUAUGAUCUAGAACAAAAUUUGUACCAUUUGGAAGAUAAUUUAUUAAUGAAUAAAACGAAGUCAAUUUUAAGUCACUGUUUUUAAAAAAGUUUGUGAUAUCUGUCGAUAUGUACGGAUGUUGAUAAAUACAAUAAUUUCAAAAAUAUACAACCGCCUGAUAACCAGACUUUGUGAUCAGAAAGUUGAUGUCAAUUAGUUGCGACCAAUUUAAUGACAAAUUGUUGACAACUCUCAGCUUUUGUAAGAGUUGACUACAAGUUGUUACCAAAUUUCCUAUAAAAUUGGCAGCAAUCUACUGCCGCAACUUGUCACCAACUUUCUAAGAAAAUUAGGCAACUUUUGAGAUGUCAACUUUCUUAGAAGUUGGCGGCAAGUUGCCAUCAACUUUAAUUAUAAUUAAUAAAAACUUAAAACUGACAAUUCGUGAAAAAAUUUAGCUGCCAUUUUUUUGCAUAUAGGAGCGUUAUCUAUUAAUCACUUUUUGAAUGAGCAAAUGAGUUGUACACUUUUGGAUUUUCCAACUUUUUUUAUAUGAAUG